AUGUUUGUUCUGUUCCAGAGGAUCAAGGAGAACGCACACACUUUUCUAGACAAGGAGGUGGAGAAGCUCUGGAGGGUUCUCUUCCCUGAUCACCCACAAUGCUCAAAGAGCCAGAGGGAGGAGGAGGAAGAGGUGGUGAAUGGUGAGGAAGAACAGCAUAGGAGGCGCGCCAGAGAGGGAGUGGAAGACAUCACACUGCACUGCAUGAAGCAGUUGAAGCAGGAGAAGCUGGCUGACGCACUGUGGAGCAAAAUAGUUUCUGCUGAGUGCCAACUUAGAAUCAAGUCUCAUCUGAAGAAGAAGACCCAGUGUGUGUUUGAGGGAAUCGCUAAAGCAGGAGAGUCAAGACCUCUGAAUGAGAUCUACACAGAGCUCUGCAUCACAGAGGGAGGCAUUAGAGCGGUCAACAAGGAGCAUGAGGUCAGAAUGAUUGAAACAGCUUCCAGGAAACCAGCAAAGGAGGAAACGCCCAUUAAAUGUGAAGACAUCUUUAAACCUUUAGCUGGAAAGGAUCAACCAAUCAGGACAAUAAUGACAACUGGAGUGGCAGGCAUUGGUAAAACCCUCCUAUCACACAAGUUCACUCUGGACUGGGCUGAAGGCAAAACCAACCACGACAUAGACUUCACAUUUCCAUUCAGUUUCAGAGAGCUGAAUUUACUGAAAGAUAAAAAGUUUAGCUUUGUGGAACUUCUUCAUCACUUCUUUAAUGAAACCAAAAUAGCAAGAAUCACCAGAUACGGCUUGUUCCAUGUUGUCUUCAUCUUGGAUGGUCUGGAUGAGUGUCGACUUCCUCUAGACUUCAAGAUGAACUCGAUCUGGACUGAUGUCACAAAGUCCACCUCGGUGGAUGUGCUUCUGACAAACCUCAUCAACGGCAAUCUGCUUCCUUCCGCUCAAAUCUGGAUAACCACACGCCCUGCGGCAACCAAUCAGAUCCCUGCUGAGUGUGUUGACAUGGUGACAGAGGUGAGAGGGUUCACCGACCCACAGAAGGAGGAGUAUUUCAGGAGGAUAUUCAGAGAAGAGAAGCUGGCCAGCAAAAUCAUCUCCCACGUCAAGACAUCACGAAGCCUCUACAUCAUGUGUCACAUCCCACUAUUUUGUUGGAUCACUGCUAAAGUUCUGGAGGACUUCUUCAAAACAGCCCAGACAGGAGAAGUGGUGCCCAAGAACGUGACUCAUAUGUUCAUCCACUUCCUGAGGUCUCAGUCCCUACAGGGGAACAAGAAAAUUUAUGGGAGAGCUGAUACAGAUUCACACUGUAGUUCAGAGUGCAGGAAGAUCAUUGUUUCUCUUGGAAAACUGUCUUUUAACCAGCUGGAGAAAGGCAACCUGAUCUUCUACGAGGCAGACCUGGCAGAGUGUGGCAUCGAUAUCAGAGCAGCCUCAGAGUACACAGGAGUGUUCACCCAGAUCUUUAAAGAGGAGUGUGGGCUGUACCAGAACAAGGUGUUCUGCUUUAUUCAUCUGAGCAUCCAGGAGUUUCUGGCGGCCCUUUAUGUCUUCCUGACCUUCAUCGAGACAGGUGUUAAUCUGCUCUCAAAAGAACCACUAACCUGGUGGUCUUAUUUCUUUGGAAAUAAGUCUGAUCUCCUCUACCAGAGUGCUGUGGACAAGGCCUUACAGAGUGAGAACGGACACCUGGACUUGUUCCUCCGCUUCCUCAUGGGCUUCUCUCUGGAGACCAAUCAGAAUCUCAUACGUAGUCUGCUUGGACAGACAGGAAGUAACUCCUGGACCAAUCAGGGAACAGUGAAAUACAUCAAGAAGAAAAUAAGUGGAGAUCUCUCUCCAGAGCGAAGCAUCAAUCUGUUCCACUGUCUGAAUGAGCUGAACGACCGUUCUCUGGUGGAGGAGAUCCAACAGUACCUGACAUCAGGAAGACUCUCCAGAGAAUCUCUCUCCCCUGCUCAGUGGUCAGCUCUGGUCUUCAUCUUACUGUCAUCAGGCGAGGAGCUAGACGUGUUUGACCUGAAGAAAUACUCUGCUUCAGAGGAGGGUCUUCUGAGGCUGCUGCCAGUGGUCAAAGCCUCCAAAACAUCUCUGCUGAGUGGCUGUCAUCUAUCGGAGAGAUGCUGUGAAGCUCUGGCCACAGUUCUCAGAUCCAACUCCUCUUGUCUGAGAGAGCUGGAACUGAGUAACAAUGAUCUGCAGGAUUCAGGGGUAAAGCUGCUCUCUGCUGGACUGGGGAGUCUAAACUGUAGACUGGAAACUCUGAGGUUGUCUGGCUGCCUGGUCACAAAGGAAGGCUGUGCUUCCCUUGCCUCAGCUCUGAGCUCCAACCCCUCCCAUCUGAGAGAGCUGGACCUGAGCUACAAUCACCCAGGAGACUCAGGAGCUGCGCUGCUCUCUGCUGGACUGGAGGAUCCACACUGGAGACUGGACACUCUCAGUGUGGAGCGCGGUGGAGAGUGGAGGAUGAAACCAGCUCUAAAGAAGUAUGCCUGUGAACUCACACUGAACCCAAACACAGCCCACAGACGACUCUCGCUGACUGAGGACAACAGAAAGGUGACGCGGUACCAGGUGUUGGGUAUAGAGGGUCUGACUGGCGGCCGCUGUUACUGGGAGGUAGAGAGGAAAGGGGGUGUUUCUAUAGGAGUGACAUACAGAGGAAUCCCAAGGAUAGGAGUGGGUCUUGACAGCUGGCUUGGAGGGAACAAUAAGUCCUGGGUUCUUGAUUGUGAUGAUUAUGGUUACUCUGCAUGGCACAAUAAUACAUGUAAAGACAAACGUCUCCCCUCCGCUGGCUCUAACAGAGUAGGAGUGUAUCUUGACUGGCCUGCUGGCACACUGUCCUUCUACAGAGUGUCCCCAGGUGGAGGAGGGUCCUCAGACACACUGACACACAUCCACACCUUCCAGUGCACCUUCACCCAGGAGGACCUCCUCCCUGGGUUUGGACUUUUGAGAUCUGGUUCCUCAGUGUCUCUGUGUCAGUUUUAGGCACACACACACACACACACACACACACACACACACACACACACACACACACACACACACACACACACA